UGGGGGCUCGGUAACUUGCUGUUUUCUAUCGAAACCUCCUUCCGGGUUCCGAGCGGAAUCCUGGGGACCUCUGAUGUUAAUAUCCUGCUCACUACACCUGCCUAUAUGACUGAUGAUGACAGCAUGAUGUCUGGGCACUGGAAUUCCUCUGAAAACUAUCAGCUGAACCCGGCCAGUGUCAUCGUGCCCAUUGUAUUCUCCCUAAUCUUCCUGCUAGGGACAGUUGGGAACAGCCUGGUCCUCGCCGUGUUGUUCAGAAAUGGCCAGAUGGGGCACAACACAACCAACUUAUUCAUCCUCAACCUGAGCGUGGCCGAUUUCUUCUUCAUCAUAUUUUGUGUCCCGUUUCAAGCCACUAUCUACACACUGGAAGGCUGGGUCUUUGGGUCUUUCAUGUGCAAGGCUGUCCAUUUCUUCAUUUACCUGGCAAUGUAUGCGAGCAGCUUCACCCUGGCCGCCGUUUCAGUCGACAGAUACCUGGCCAUCCGAUAUCCUCUCCGAUCACGGGAGCUUCGGACUCCCUGCAACGCAAUUACAGUCAUGGUGGUGAUAUGGGGACUCUCCAUCGUCUUUGCUGGGCCCUACCUGAGCUACUAUGACCUCAUCCCAUACGAGUGGUUUUACAUCUGCAUGCCAGCGUGGCAGGAGCCAAAGAGGAAAAUCAUGGACACGUCCACUUUCAUAUUUGGAUAUAUAGUCCCGGUUGCAGUUAUAAGCUUGUCCUAUGCCAGGACGAUCAAGUUUCUCUGGACAGCAGUGGACCCAAUAGAGGACAUAUCUGAGUCCAAAAAAUCCAAGAGGAAGGUGACGAAGAUGAUUAUCAUUGUGACUGUGCUGUUCUGCCUCUGCUGGCUCCCUCACCAUGUGCUCAUUUUGUGUUUCCACUAUGGCCACUUCCCCUUCAAUCAGGCCACCUAUGCCCUCAGGCUCCUGUCCCACUGCAUGGCCUAUACCAACUCCUGCCUCAACCCCAUCGUCUACGCCCUGGUUUCCAAGCACUUCCGGAAAGGCUUCAAGAAGGUGUUCAGCUGCUUGCUGAGCAAGAAGGGCAAGAACAAGGUGCACGUGGUUCACGUAGUGAAUGUGGUUAGCGGCUCCACAGAGGUUACACACCUGAACGGUGAAAAUGAGAGACAGCAUGGCUGUGAGCUGAGGGAUAGGCAACAUUCUAAACCUCAGGGUACAGCAAUGACCAUCACAAUGCCGUACCAGCGGACAUCUUGA